GAAGGAGUCGUCAAGCACGAGGACCGGCGAGGGAGCUUCUUGGUGGCGUUUCUUGCCAGGCAGAGGCAUCCCCAGUGUCCACAGCUAAGCGGCUGCAGGCGAGGGGGAGGCGGGAAGGGCCUGGUGGCAGCGGCGGGAGGCUCUGCGGCUUCUCUCAGCAGCAGCAGCAGCCUGUACACUUGCUGCUGUAAGGCAGCGGUGUUGGCGGGAGCUCAUAACCUGUCUCCUGCCUUUAUUGGCGGCGGCGGCGACGACGACGACGAAGCAAUGGGCAGUCGCGACCUCUGAGAGACGAACAGGCAGGCGCCAGACCCUCGAUGGGGAUGUGUGAGCAGAGCCGCCCCACAAAUGGCUCUUGGCGAAGAGGCGGCGGCGGCGGCGGCAGCAGCGGCCGCUUCUUCUCUGAGGUGUGAGCUUGCCGUGCGCCUGCGGGGACUCUUUGCAGCAGGCAUCUCGCGGGCUUGGGCGACCAGCAUUGGCCUUAGCCUGCCGCCGCCGCCACUGCUGCCAUGCCCUGAUCGGAGAACAGCCGAGGCAGCAGCGGCCGUCAAAGGGCCCCUUUACAAGGCUGUCAUGCUCCUUGGGGUACUCUUAGUCCUUUGCCAACGCGCCCAGGCGGAGCAAGGUACUGAGCAACAGCACAUAAAUGUUGCCCCGUCUUCAGAGUCUUUUACCAACUGGAGAGCUAUAUUAUCACCAACAUGGCCUUCUAGAGAACUUGAGUCUUCCUCAGUGGGUGACAUUUCAAUGAGGCAAGCCUUGGAGAAUGCCAAUCUGCUUCAGAUAAUAAAAAGUACAUUAGCAGAGACACGGGCCAGAACUUUGGACCAAACUAGGUUUUUGCCAAGUCUGUAUCAUGGCAGUGGCAACAGUGCAUCCCAAGAGCCUUCUGAGGUAUCAGCUGAAUCACCAAUGAAGUCUCAAGAUGCUGACGAAAUGGCCAUUGUAUCAGGUUUGCCCCAAAUCAGUGUGUUAUCGUCACUGUCUACGUCAUCAUCAGUGAUACAUUCAACUAUUACUGUGUCAUCUCAGAUAAUGCCGUAUGCAACAUCUUCCAUUUCAAAAGAAAUCACAUCAGGAUCAGACAUAUUUUCAGCCUCUCCAUCAUCAUCCCCUUUGCCAUUGGUAAAAAAAUCACCUCAUAUAAUUGUUUCCAAGUCGACUGUGCCACCCACCGAAGUGCCUUUGUCUAUUGAUACAGAAAAUUCAUUCAGCAUAAACGCAUCUAAUUCUUAUUUUAAUAAAAGUUCAGGUAAUCCACUGAGUACAAUAUCUGCUGGAAAUUCCAGCACAAAAUAUGCAUUAUCCAGAAAGAGCGGCAAAGAAUUUUCUGUUGCCAGCUUAUUUAGUAAUAAUUUUGGCUUGCUUAGUGGUCAUCCCAUAAUACCAGCAGGGACACACACAUACCCAUGGAAUAAGAAACUGCAUUCUCUUGCUUUGCAUGCAAUAAUAUCCAAUCAGACCUCUCUUCUGUUAUCUACUCAGAGGGUACCAUUAAAUUAUAGCAAAAACAACACUUCCUCUGGAUUAAACAAUAAAGCAUCUUCCAUAGCAGAGCCCUCUAGUCAACCAUCUGAUGCCAUGACACAUCAUAAAGAGAAUGACAUCUAUGUAAUGGCAUCAUCUGCAGUUCUUAAGAGCAAGACAAUUCCAUGGAUUUCUAUACCAACCUUCCAUACCUCAAGUGUUUCACCUGCACAGUUGAAAACAAUCCCUGAUCUGCCUUCUGCAUCACUGUCAAAUUCUACCAAAGAGAGAGAUUUAACGACAGUAUCUGAAAAUCCAAGUCUUUUUCAUUUGGUGACAGAUAUGUCUUCCCCAACAGUGCCAACUAUAGCUAUUUCAGAGACAAUAAGCACACAUCAUGUGAUAGCUCGAGCACCUAAAAGUAUACCAGUCUCCUAUUCAACAGAUAAAGUCACUUCCUUGAUAGAGGGGACAAAUCAAACAUUUAAAACAGGAACACGUCCGACUGUUUCAGCACUAAAUGAUAAAGUUGCUUCAAAGUUUCAUAUAACAAAUCCUCAUGUCACAGAAUCAACCAACUGGGGGUUCACAAAAGACAUUUCUGGUAUAGCUUAUGAAACCAGUGAAAUCUCACCUCCCAUAGCUUAUGAACCCUUGGUAAGAUCAUUACAGCGUUGGUCUUUCACAAAAGAUGCUAUUGCCACAAUGCUCACAAAUGUUGAUGUGAAUAGCUUCCCUCCUUACCCAUCACCAGGAAGGCAAACUACAGACAUUACUCUAGAAAUUCCUGUCAACAAGCAAGUGCCAUGGAGAACAAUGCUCGAGAGAAUUUUGUCACUUGAAAGGACUAACUCCAAUGUGUUUUCAGUAUCUUUGCCAACUUCUGUUAGAGGUCUUUUAAAAGCUCACUCUACAGCCAUGUUUAUGUCUUCUAAUGAUCCUAGAAAUUUACAGCUAACAGAUUCUAAUAUACAAAGCCCAACUCUUACCUUAACAGAAGAGAAAAAUGUGAAGGUAUCCACCACUGUGAUGCCAUAUGCAGAAUAUUUAUCUCACCCACCUUUAAAUAAAUCUAAUGCUAACAUGCAUGAAACUACACAUAUGGUUGAUGCUUCCUUCAGGACUUCACCUUCAGACAUAAACAUACUGGCCUCAUUUACUCCAGCAACAGAACAUUUGGAAAGCACAGUGCCAGCAUCCCUAGAAGUUUCUAAUGCUGAUUCAAAAGGCAUCUUAGAUACUUCAAAUACAAGAAAGUUUUUUAAAACCAUGCCAUUAGUCCAUGAGUGGGACACUGGAGACUUGCAGACAUCUACUGGUAUUAGUAUGCCUUCAGGAAAGACAACAUCCCAAAUGUCCCAAGCGACAGCUUUAAGAACAAUAUAUUCAGAGGUUUCAGGCUUGCAACAGCAAACAAAUUAUGUAAAUAAGCAGACACCUUCUAGCAUUGCCACACCAUCAAUUAGUACAUCUGUAACAUUUAUUCCAAAUUCUUCAGCUUCAGCUUCAGCUGGAACAAAUUCUAAAAGCUUCACUGAACUUAGCACAUCCUCAUGGAGUGCUGAAACACCUUUUGAUCAGCAUCCAUCCUUUCCUCAAAACCAAAAUACGCUCUCAAAGGGCACAGAAGUACAGUCACUGCCAUCAAAAAUGGACACACGUACACCUGGAAAUAUUUUGGAGUAUUUUACUAUUAGGAAUAUGAAUUUCACGUUAGGCUUUGAAAAAAAAUUCCAUCCUACAUAUAAGGAUGCCACAACUGCUAAUCUAAGAACAUUUACUAGUAUGGAUGCAUUUUCCUCUUCUUUGUCAACAUAUGCUCACUUACGGCAUUUUGUUUCUUAUGCCAAAUCCCAGUCUAUGUUGAAGUCUCAAACAACUGAUUCUGGAAAGCUCUUUGAAUCAAUAGAUGCCUUGUAUGCAACAUCAUCUCCGCUAUCGUUUGCUUCUCAAUUCAUUGCUAAAUUAACUGUUCCAAUAAAUAAGGAAAUUAGUGCUGCUAGUGGUGAAAAAACAUCAGUUCCUCCUAUCCUGGUACGUGAACUGCUAAGCUCAGCACCAAUAUUAAAUGUUGUUGAAGAAUAUAUGACUUCAGAAAAAUCAACACAGUUCACAAAUAGCUCUGUUACAGAAACAAAUAAUCACUUGAAUAAACAGCCAACAACAUUAAGUACAGGAGGGGGGUAUACAAAAGGUACAAGUGAUAUCAUAGAUACAGUUAAAAUGCCCAGUGAAGCCACUAAAAUCACUCCAUUGCAAACACAUACCACUAAUACAGCCAUCAUAACCUUUGUCCAUGCAUCACACACACAACUAACUUCUUCUUUGUUGCCAACAACCAACUUUACCCAUUCUGUCAUUACAGUGUUACCGUCUGUGUCUCCUGGUGUAAUACCAUCUGUAGCAACUUCAGAAGCAACACCAGUUACAGGAAAAUCAGCUCCAACAUCACCAAUGCUGACUUCAUCCUUGUUCUCACUGAGCACUGAAAAUUCGCCAUCUGUGAUGGCAUUAAGCACGUUAAUAUCAACACUAGCAAAAAAUAACACUGUCACAAAAAUGGCAUCAACUUUAAGCCCAGUAGUAACACAUGCAGCCUUUCCAGUUAUAUCAAGAGAUGAGUCUGCAACACCUGUGCAUACCACUAGUUCGUUUCCAAUCACAAAAACUAGUACAGUUUCAGCUCCCAUAACCCAUGCACCAAGACAAACUGAAACAACAAUACCUGACACCAAGAAAUUCACAAGUUCAGACAUCAGUAAAACAUCAACUCCAUACCCAUUGACAAUUACAGCAGCUUUGACAUCUAUUACAGCAUCAGCGAAAACAGCUAGACUUCUCCCUACACCUGCUGAAAAUACUUCUGCUGCUACUAUACCAGCAUCAACUUCAGCUUUUGCUAAUGUGACAACAGUUCUUCCUUUGGAAUGCCAGCUCUCCAGAAACCUCCUUGUUAAGACAGUUUUGUUUCUGAAUACAAGAAGAUUGCUACUGAGUGACUCCUUAAAACAGAAUGUCACAAAAGGUCUCGCCCAGGCAUUGCGACGAGCUUUCAACCAAAAUGUCAAUGCUCAGAUUGAAAUUCUGGAACAAUCAAACAAUGUGACAAUUGGUUACUAUGUAACUCAUGAGAGACUGGCUUUUAUACCUGCUGUGGUUAUCGAAAUGUUAAUUGCAUAUGGUGUGAGUAAUGCCACGUUGGAUAUUAAACAACAUGUGCCAAAUCUUCAUUCUGUUGCUGUAUUAGCCUUGCCGUGGAAUCCACUGCCAGCUUACCACUUUCAGCUGAAAACAGAACUGCAAUUUGUGGGUCAGUCAGACAACAUACAGUCAUGCAGAUUUGUUCAGACCAUGGAACAAAGAUUGCAGAAAGCAUUUCAGGAUGCUGAGAGAAAAGUCUUGAACACCAGCAGCAGGUUAACUGUUCAGAUUCUGAACACAUCAAAUGUUUCUCAGACUGUCACUCUGUUUUAUGUGGUGAAAAAUGAAAGCACAGUCUUAAAUGGCACCGUGUCCAGCAGCCUUCUUAAUCAACUUUCAGCAGAAUUGGUGGGAUUCUAUCUCACCUAUCCACCUCUGACCAUUGCUGAAGCUUUGGAAUAUCCAAAUCUUGAUACCUCAGAAGCAACUAGAGACUAUUGGGUUAUUACAGUUAUACAGGGAGUUGACAUCACAUUGCUGGGGGUGAAUAACCAGAGUUUUUCGAGACUAAUGGAGCAGCGUUUAGCACCACUCUUCAUGAUGUCCCAUCAACAAGGAAGGCGAUUUAAACGAGCCACUACAGUUGGCAGCUACACUGUGCAGAUGGUAAAAAUGCAGCGAAUUCCAGGUCCCAAGGAGCCAGCUGAAUUGACUUAUUAUACUUUAUACAAUGGGAAACCUUUGCUGGGCACUACAGCUGCCAAAAUAUUGAGCACUGUUGAUUCACAAAGGAUGGCCUUGACUCUGGGAUAUGUUGUUCAAGUACAAGCUGAUCCUGUGGUGAAAAACCCACCCAACAACUUAUGGAUCAUUGCAGCAGUGUUGGCUCCCAUUGCUGUGGUUACAGUCAUCAUCAUCAUUAUCACGGCAGUUCUGUGCAGGAAGAACAAAAAUGAUUUCAAGGCAGACACCAUGAUGAACCUGCCACAGAGAGCCAAACCAGUCCAAGGUUUUGACUAUGCCAAGCAACAUUUAGGUCAACAGGGAGCUGAAGAUGAAGUUCUGCCUGUAACCCAGGAGACUGUAGUAUUGCCACUUCCUGUGAGAGAUGCUCCUGCCUCCCAGGAGAGGGAAAUUAUUCAGGAUGGGAACACGUCUAAAAUGUCCAAGUCGAAUGACACAAGAAAGAGCAGAUCGCCUAGUGAGAAUGGUUCUGUCAUCAGCAACGAAUCAGGAAAGCCCAAUUCAGGGAGAAGCUCUCCACAGAAAAUAAUGGCACAGCAGAAAGUGACAAAAGAGGAGGGAAGAAAGAGAAAUGGUUUUAAAUUCUCAAAGAAAAUUGUGCCUGUAAGUGAUGAAGAGGAGGGAGACAUACUCUUUGAUAGUGUUGCCAAGUCUGCCAUUGAUCCCUUUGAUACAUCUUCUGGAUCUGUACAGUUGAUUGCCAUAAAGCCUGUAGCUUUGCCUCCUGCACACCUAUCUUCAGACAGGAGUCAGGAAACUGCUGUCCUUAAUGGAGAGGUUAACAAAGCUCUGAAGCAGAAAUCUGAUAUAGAGCACUAUCGCAACAAAUUACGCCUGAAAGCCAAGCGAAAAGGCUAUUAUGAUUUUCCUCAAGUUGAUAAUAACAAAGGCUUGGCAGACAGAAAAAAAGUGUAUGAAAAAGGACAAAAUGAAAUAGAUCAUAUUUUGGAUCCUGAUACAGAUGGAUCUUCUCCAUUUGUAGAGCCCAAAAACAGGCAACAGAUGAAGAAUUCUGUUUACCGAAGCAGGCAAUCUUUGAAUAGUCCCAGCCCAGGAGAAACUGAAAUGGAUCUUCUUGUUACACGAGAGAGACAAAGGCGUGGUAUUCGCAACAGUGGAUAUGAUACUGAACCUGAAAUGAUAGAAGAAACUAAUGUUGACCAUGUGAAUGAGCCCCGAAAUUAUAACAGAGCCCAUCAAGCAAAAGGCCAUUCAGAGACAUCAACUUUGAGUUCUCAGCCAUCCAUUGAUGAAGUCAGACAACAGAUGCACAUGUUAUUGGAAGAAGCCUUUAGUUUGGCCUCAGCAGGCCAUGGAGGACAGAACAGGCAGCAAGAUGCUUACAGUUCUACACAGCACUUGCCAUACUCUGAAGUUGUGACCAGUGCUCCUGGUACCAUGUCUCGACCCAGAGGGGGAAUACAGUGGGUGCCUACAUAUAGACCAGAAGUGUAUCAGUACAGUUUACCAAGGCCUGCAUAUAGGUUUUCUCCACUCCCUGAAAUGGUGAUGGGUUCUCCACCUCCUCCUGUGCCUCCCAGGACAGGACCUGUCGCUGUCACCUCUCUUAGGAGGUCGACAUCUGAUAUUGGCAGCAAGACCAGAAUAUCAGAGUCCAGUGGGACUGAACAGUUACAGCCACAUGAUCAUGCCCCUUUUGUCCCAGUAUCAAGAGCCCCAGUAUCUGUGGCUCCAUUGGAUCAAUCAGCUUUGAAUUACUCAGGAAGUACAGUUCCAGCAGUCUUUGCCAUCCCAGCAGCAAACCGACCUGGGUUCACAGGAUAUUUCAUCCCAACACCACCUACAGCAUACAGGAACCAGGCUUGGAUGUCCUGUGCUGGAGAAAAUGAAUUACCAGGGCAAUGGACUGACUCGGUCCCUCUUCCUGGCUACAUAGAAGCUUAUUCACGGCCACACUAUCUGCACAACAACUCUCCUUUGAGGCUUCCUCGUCAAUACAGCCAACCUGCAAAUAUGCACUCUGGCCUGGGACACAUCCCACAGUCUCCUUCUGCUACUUCUCAACAGAGCCUAACAGAAAAUUACUCAUUGGAUAACCCUCUCAACAGUCUUUCUACAGCUGCUUUGGUGAAGGCAAUAAGAGAAGAAGUUGCUAAGCUAGCCAAGAAACAAACAGAUAUGUUUGAGUUUCAGGUCUGAUGGCUUCUUGCGCUGAAAGUUUACAUCACAUCACUUGUGGGCCUCUAGCUUUGAAAUCAGACUUGUGGCUUGUGCCAAAGCAAUGCAUUUUUUCUAUACUGAAACAGUCAACACAAGAUUUUUUUUUAAAGUGAGUAAAUAGAAUAAUCAGUCUGAAUAUCAGCUUUCUACCUAUUAAGGCAGGUGCUCCCAGGCAAGUCUGUAAAAUGUUGAUGUUUUCUAUUUAUGAUAUGCAACUGUCUGUCACAUACCUCUUGUUCCUUGAAGCCUUUGUUGUUGGAGACAUUACUUAACCAUAUGCCUGUCUAAUAUUCUAGUAUAUUAAGAGCUUGGGAAGCACAAAUAUGGAUCACUCUGUAGAAACUUGUGCAUGUAAAACUAUCAUUCUGGAUCAAAAAGAAACAAUAGUAGUAGUAUGAAAAUUAAGGAUCAUAUAGUCAUAUAUUUGUGGUCAAGCUAAUAUAGUACCAAAAGACUGACUGCAACAAAGCAAUAGAGCUUAGCUCUGCCUAGACACCACAUUUAAAUCAUACCGCUCUGGUGUGAACGAACCCAACAGAGUCCUUUGUAAAUACCCCCAAAAUCAUAAUCUCUGCUCAUAAUCCAAAAGCCAGAAAAGAAAGAGAUAGCUGUGAAGAGGCAUAUGAGCAUAACUGGUUUUUAAAGAGUUGGUGUAAUGUUACUCUGUUCACUGUGAAAUGGGGAAAAAAAUGACAAUAUAAGUAAGUGUUAAAAGCUCCCUGGAACUUCCCGAUGAAAACAAAUUCUUUGAAUGUGUCCUACAUUCAGAAAGGUUUUCAUUCUGAACACAUGGUGGAACUGGUAAAUUUGAGAACCUUGAGUCUGUCUCAGUUUGGAAUAAUGAAUACACCUACUUUUACAAAAAAGACACAACCCUCUGUUUAACACAGAGACCUGCCCUUCUCUUAUAAACAAUGAUGUCUAGUGAAGUGAUGCCAGAAGCAGCUUACCAGACUGACUUUGGUUUCAGUGGAGCAAUGACUACGCAAACUAAGAAAUCACCAUAUCUUAUGGGGCUGACUAAAAUCCAAUUAUACUGAAGUGUAAAUAAGCAAACAAGUCUAUGGAUUGAACAAAAUAAUAUUCUGUAAAUAAGGAUUAGGGAACCUGUGGCCCUCCAGAUAUUUUUGGUCUCUAACUCCCAUCAGCCUCAGCCAGCAUGAGCAAUGGUCAGAAAUGAUGGGAGUUGUCCAACAGCAUCUGGUGUGCUACAAGUUCCCCAUCCCUGCUGUAAAUAAUAGGGUGGGAGGUGAUAUUUUGCCAAACCCAGGUUCUAAAAAAUAAAAUUCAUUCAUUGUUCUACAACACUGUCAUGAAAACACAGCCUCUGCUUUUUAAGAAAAAAGCUAGCAGAAUGAGACUUUACGGUGAAUCAUCUUUGGCAAUUACAAAAAAAAAUGGUGGACUGUUACAGGAAAAAAAUCAUUUUAGCUCUUUAUGAUGUAACUUGAGGACAAACUGAGAUUGUGGGUUAUCAUACUAGGUGCAUUGAUAUUUGCUGGAGUAAAACAUUCCCUGUAGCCUAUUAAUUUAUUUAGCCUCAACUUUGUAAUGUCCUCCAAUCAGAUCACUUCAUUUUUCAGGUGGGUUUCUUUGGUCUUUACUAUUGCAGAGAAACAGACGAACAAAAAAAUAUAAACAGUAGACUCAAAAUUAUUAAAGCACAGAAUUUUUAAGCAAAGCUAUUAAAAUAUAUAUUUCCAAGACUGCUUCUUAACUAUCAUGAUCUACAUUAAGAUCUUUCCAAAAGUCUUAAUAAUUGCAGAACCCUUUGGUGUUAUUAU